AUGGUUUAUUCUGUCAACAGAUGGAAAGGAAGUGGCAAAGACUGGAAGCCCUUGGAAGAAAAUGGAUUACAAUUCCAAGAGAGAACGAGGAAGCUAAUACCUAUAGCAUUUUGUACCUAUAGCAUUUUACCUUCUUUGGCUGAAAAAGGCCAUCUUAUUGUAUAUACGACUGAUAAACAACGAUAUGCUUUCCUCAUAGCCUAUCUCAACAAUCACUUGUUGAGGGAGCUACUCAUAAUGUCAGAAGAAGAGUUGGACUACCAAGUGAUGGACCAAUCACAUUGUCUCUAUGAUGAUGUAUUUUUGGAUUAUGCCAUUUCUUUGAUCCAAAAGAACGCAACCAAAGAUGUUGAGGAAGCUCUGCUUUUGCCCAUGGCUGCUGAUAGAUGUUCUUCUGCUUCGGUAGAUAUUGUUGUAGAAUGUUUGAAGAUGGAAUACCAUUAG